AUGGAUGAAUUCAAGAAGUACCUGGCGGAUCAGAUCCUUAGUGAGGAGAAGAUUGUCACAUAUCGAAGCCUCAGCAGAGCACUCAAAGUGCAUGUUAAUACAGCAAAGGGAAUGCUCUAUGAGUUCCAUAGGUCACAGAAUGGCAUGCGUCCUGGCACAGUUCAUGCCACCUACCUGAUUUAUGGCAUCCAGAAGGCAGAGAAAGUACAGGAGGAUGGCGACAUUGAGAUGACUAGCUCUCCUCCUGAUGUUGUGCCUUUGUCUGAUGAGGUCUUGACCCGUUCCUUGACCUUGGUGCCCGGAGAUCGUCUGAAGGAAAUUUUGGCAUCAUACGAAGAGCUCUUGUCGUUCCACAUCUAUAGCUUGGCCAGACAUCCUACAAGAGAGUUGCAAAUGCUAGCAGACGUCUCACAGCAAAUCAAGGAACAGUCAACUGAAGACAGCGCAUCCAUGGCAGAGACAUAUGGCACCAUCAUCAAUCCCAAUGUUCGAAAGCGCGACCGUCAGGGGCGGCCAGUCCCCGCUCCUGCACAUGCGGCAACAGCGACCAAACCUGUCAAGAAGGAGUCCGCACCAUCUACAGUCAAGUCAGCGGCUUCUGUGCCCAAGACAGAAGAGCCGGCCGAGAAAGAGAUUAAGGUACCUGCCAAGGAUGCGCCGUCCCCCGCCGCGGCCACUAUUAAGAAGGGCGCGGCACCGCCCUCAUUGAAAAAAAGCGGCUCGUCGGGCAUCAUGUCAUCAUUCGCCAAGGCUGCGGCGAAGGCUUCAAGCAAACCGAAGGAGACGCCGAAACCAGAAAGUCCGGCUGCUCUGUCUGACGAUGGCGAAGAUGACGACGAUGACAUCCCGGCUGCCAAAUCUUCGGGUAACACUGGGCGAAAGUCGCGAAAGGAUCGCGAGGCCGAGCUGAAGCAGAUGAUGGAGGAGAGCGAGGAAGAGGAAGAGCCCGAAGAGGAAGAGGAAGAGCCUGCGGACGAGCCGAUGGAGGAGGCUCCGGAGCCAGAAGCGAAGCCCGAGCCUGAGCCCGCGGAAGUCGUUUCUAGCACCGGCGACGGUCGCAGGCGCGGCAAGCGAAGAGUCAUGAAGAAGAAGCAGAUCAUGGAUGAUCAGGGCUAUUUGGUCACGAUUCAAGAGCCCGCUUGGGAAGAGUUUUCUGAGGACGAGGCUCCUCCGCCACCGGCUAAGGCUAAAUCUUCGUCUGCGCCUAGUUCGGGAAGCCAAACUUCGAAAGGGAAGAAGGCGGCACCCAAGGGACAGGGUAACAUCAUGUCUUUCUUCUCGAAGAAGUAA